GAGAUUUUUUUUUCCCCUGUGACAUGUGCUUUAGCUGCAGUGGAAAGGAAAUGUGUCAUCUGUGGUUAGUGGAAAGCUAGCUGUACAUAUCCUUUUUUUUUUUAAACUGCAGAUUUACUUUUAGGUUCAGAUUCUUCAAGUCUAUUCUGCUUUAAAUUAUUUGGAAGCUGUGCUUCAAGAAAAGAAAAGAAGUGGCUUAUUAAAAUCAGGUUAUAAGAUUUUGACCAAGCAUUUUGUAAGAUUACCAGUACACUCACAGACAUGGGACACACGGGACAUUACCUGCAUCUUGCCUUUCUGAUGACAACAGCUUUUUCUUUGUCUCCUGGAACAAAAGCAAACUAUACCCAUCUGUGGGAUAACAAUACUACUGUCUUAGAUCCAGAUAUUCGCAACAAGAUGGACAGAAGCCAAAAUGAAAACUUUAACACAAACCCUAAGACUCCUGAAGCAGAUAAAAAAGAUAAUUCUACAAACAUGCCUGAAACAGCAACAUCAUCUCAUAUCACGUUUUUAACUCCUAAAUCUGAACUGGAACUUUAUGUAUCUUCUGUUGUCAGGAACAGUUCUCCAACAGUACAGGGCAUUAAAAACACAAGCAAAAGUCACAGUGAAAUUUUCAAAAAGGGUGUCUGUGAGGACAACAACAACAAAAUGGCUAUGCUAGUCUGCUUAAUCAUAAUUGCCGUGCUCUUUCUUAUCUGCACCAUUCUAUUUCUAUCAACUGUGGUUCUGGCAAACAAAGUCUCAUCUCUCAGACGAUCAAAACAAGUAGGCAAGCGUCAGCCUAGGAGCAAUGGUGACUUUCUGGCAAGCAGUGGUCUCUGGCCUGCUGAAUCAGACACUUGGAAAAGAGCAAAACAGCUCACAGUGCCCAACCUAAUGAUGCAAUCUACUGGAGUGCUCACAGCUCCGAGGGAAAGACAAGAUGAAGAAGGAACCGAAAAACUCACUCACUAACAGAUGCUUUAGUGAAGAAAAUGCAAAGUAGCAAUGAGAAAGUUUCUAGGGUCAAAAUGAAGUCAGGUUGACAUUUAAUGCCAAGGUGUUGGUCUGGCGGGCUAAAAUUUGACAUGGCUGGGCCUUGCUUAGAAUCAAGCAACUGAGAAGGGAAGAAGUAUGCCUGCUUACUUAAUUAUUUACACUGUGUCUGACACUGUUUUAAAAAGCAAAUAAUAAAACAACCAAGCAUUCAAGGAAGGUUCUAAAGACAAGCUGAAGGAACUGACCAUAAUAGAGUUAGAAAGAGACAAUUGAUGAGUUUUUCUUUUUCAGCAAUAGCAGCCACAUGAUCUGUGUCCAAAUGUAAGUGAACUUUGAAGAGUGUCAGUGUAUCAUUUGAGGCUAUCAAAUGCUUCAACACCUAACAGAAGUCACAUUCCUAGUGCAUAGAGCUGAACUGUAGAGUUACAUGGUACUUUCUUGGCUGAAUGUGACAGAAUCCAUAUCAGUUCAUCUAUAAACACGGCUAACGUUAUGCCAGAUGCUUUCAUCUUUACAUGUGGUGUACAUAAGAAAGUCAUUUUCUACUAUAUUUAAUUAAAACUUUAAAUUUUGUAUAAUAAAUUAAGAUGACAGAAUAAAAAUGACUAUGUAUAUUUACAUUCACUUUAUUAUUUUAGCGAAUACACAGCAAAGAUCAAUAAGAAACAGAGUACAACUGAAACAGAUGAGAUUUAUAGCCUCAACAGAAUGCUAAGUGUAAAUGUAAAACAUAUCUUACUGUUUAAGUGUAAUGUAACUCUAUAAAUAUUGCUUAUGGGAUUUUUUAUAGCAACUAUUCAAAGGCUGAUUAGAUUUUGGACUUUUUGAGAGUGCCAACUGACCUAAUAAACCAAUUUUAUUUUUUUACUAUCCAAUAUGACAUGAGCAAAGGAAAGAUGUGUAUAUAUGCAUGUGUUUGUUCUAAUUUGGAAAACAGGAUACUCAGGUAGUUGUUGAACGUUUAAAGAAAUUGGGUUCAAGUAAAAUAGUGGCUUAUAUUUAAGCCAAGACUUUCAUCCUCAAUUUAAUAAAUUGCAAAAAUUGCUUUGA